AUGAUUCCUCCCAUCCCGCGACCAGAAGACUAUGGAGUCUCUCCGGACAGAGGAUUCCUCCCGUCGCAGAAUCCUCUCCAAUGUCUCCCACAUCAAGUCUAUGAUCGGUGGGAGCGCAUCAUGAACAAUUUUCAGUCGUUGCUGUUGUCCAAGAGACUGCGCACCGUUAUAGACAAACUACCCGUCAUCCCCGCCGUCCACCUGGAGACCGAGGCUGAGUGGCGGAGAGCAUAUUCCAUGCUGACCUUCAUGGCCCAUGGCUACAUCUGGGGCGGGGAGAAGCCGUCAGAAAGAUUACCUCCGCCAAUAACAUACCCUCUCCUGCAAGUCUGCGAACACCUCGAACUCCCUCCGGUGGCCACAUACGCCGGCCUGUGUUUAUGGAACUUCAAACCACUCUUUCAAUCCCAGGGCCUCGUUCUCGAAAACCUUUCAGUAAUUUCCACCUUCACCGGUUCGCUGGACGAACAAUGGUUCUAUUUAAUAAGCGUCGCCAUGGAAGCAAAAGGAGGACCUUGUAUACCCAUCAUGUUGAAAGCGAUUCAGGCGGCACGGAACCACGACGCCGAGAUGGUCAUCAAAUGCUUACAAUCAUUUGCUCAGACGCUGGACGAGCUGGGCACGGAACUGGUGAGGAUGUAUGAGAAUUGCGAUCCUCAUGUCUUUUACCACCGGAUACGACCGUUUCUCGCGGGCAGCAGGAACAUGAAGGAUGCAGGGUUGCCGCACGGCGUGUUUUACGACGACGGGAGCAGCCGAUCCACGUGGCGACAGUACGGCGGCGGCUCCAACGCGCAGAGCAGUAUGAUUCAGUUCUUCGACAUUGUCCUCGGAGUGGAACAUCGACCGACGGGGACCAAGAAAGACGAAACAUCCGAGUCCGAAGCCGAGCCGGGAGCCGCGCCCAAGCCUCGACACAAUUUCAUCCAUGAGAUGAGACAGUACAUGCCCGGUCCUCACCGACGGUUUCUACAGGCAGUCGAAUCGGUGGCCAACAUUCGCGAUUUUGUGGAAUCCCACAGAUCCAACGGCCAACUCACCAUCGCCUACGACGCAUGUCUGGCCAUGCUGCGGUCGUUGAGAGAUAAACAUAUCCAGAUGGUCUCGAGGUACAUCAUUGUCAAGAGCAGAGAAUCUCGCAGUCUCAGCCGGACUCGGCGCGGGAGUAGUCCUGACCCGGUGCCCACGCGAGGGACGGGGAUCGCUUCUAUCCGAUACGGCCGACCUGAGGACAAGGAAAGGGUUCCGAAAAAGAAGAUGCGCGGUACAGGAGGAACCGCACUGAUCCCAUUUCUGAAACAGGCUCGAGAUGAGACCGGCGAACCUGCCAUUGAUGACUGGGCACGCAAACUCCUCAUGGGCGGCCGCCGCACUGAAGCCGAUGCGGAAAUCGCCUUCGAAAGCACGCUCACCGCGGCCGAGUUGGAUGCCGAUGAACCUCAGAUCGUCGGUCUUGCUGGCGCUUGGGAUAUGGAAGAUGCGGGCGGUGGACUCUGUGCUUAUUGA